AUGCAAUGUAGAAAAAUAACUCCUCUCGUCAAAAGUCUUCUGGCUCUAAUUCUGAUCGUGGUGGUUGCAACCGCCGUAACUGUUACAGCUGUUCUUUUAACUCGAUCACCAACAAAAUUCACAACUAUAUUCAUGGCUGUCAAGUCGUCAACUCUACCAUCCAUGACAGAUAUUGCGUCUAUGACUACAAACGCUGCUACACCAGGCACAGAAGCAAUAACAAACGCUGCUACGCCAGGCACAGAAGCAAUCCCAGACGUCACUUCAACAGAUGUAACGGCAACAAAGAACAUUGCUGUGACAGUCACCAUUACGUCAGCAGGAGCAGCAGCGACAACCACUAAAAGGAUUGCCACAAAUUUACUACUAAAUCCUGGCGCUGAAGAAGGAUCUAUUGUUGGUUGGAAACAAACUACUGCUUUGCCUGUUAUUGUUGAUUCGAAUGGAGCAUUCAAUGCUGGAUAUAAUCCUCAUAGUGGGUUGUAUUGCUUUGCUGGUGGAAAUGGCUUAAAUAGUGGCUCAUCAGGAUUAAUUCAGAAUGUCAAACUUCUAGGUGGUGUUCAAGGUUUCACAGAAAGUCAACUUGACUCACAAAUUUUCCGAGCUGAACUGCGUUUUUAUUAUCAAACGUGGGACCGUUUUUUUAUGCGCCAUUAUCAAGUCAAAGUUAGUGUGACAUUUCGAUCAUCCUCGUCGGCUAUAGUGAACAAAGUCUCUACAGGAGAACUGGCUUGCAAGACAUCAAAUCCAUGA